UUGAUGUUAAUGAGAUUUAGUAAGCCGUUAAAGUCGAGAAUUGUAGUAAAAAAAAAUUUACGUUGCUACACUGUUAGAGCAGAUUCACAACCUCGCCCUAUGAUUAUUUAUACUAAAACAGAUGAGGCCCCUUUGCUUGCCACUGCGUCAUUUUUCCCAAUUUUGAGCAGUUUUUGCAGAAAAGCCGAGAUUAUCGUAUCAUUAAGUAAUAUUUCUCUUGCGAACAGAAUUCUUUCGUUAUGGUCCCAUCGUUUGAAGCCCGAGCAAAGAGUUGAAGAUGAUCUUGCUAAACUUGGUCAACUUGUUAGAACUCCAUUUGCUAAUAUUAUUAAGCUCCCAAACAUAAGCGCUUCUAUACCUCAACUUAUUUCUUGUAUCAAGGAAUUACAAAAAAGGGGAUAUUAUAUUCCUGAUUAUCCAAGCUCCCCUUCGGAUGAAAAAGAAACUACCAUUCAGAAAACAUAUUCUAGAGUUUUAGGAAGCGCCGUAAAUCCAGUACUUCGUGAAGGGAACUCUCUUCGCUGGGCAGCUGCUCCUGUUAAGCAGUAUGCCAUGAAGCAUCCAACGCGUCUUGGCGAUUGGUCGCCUGACUCCAAAACCCACGUAGCACAUAUGACAAGUGGCGAUUUUUUCGAAAAUGAGAUUUCGCAUAUAAUGCAAUACGACGAUUUUGCGCGAAUUGAAUUUCGAGAGGAGAAUGGUAAUAAAGUAAAAGUGAUGAAGGACGGAAUAAAACUUUUAAAAGGGGAGGUUAUUGAUAGCACCUUUAUGAGUCGAAGUAAACUUGAAAGUUUCUUGGACAAAACGCUGGAAGACGCAAGAAAAAAUAAUCUUCUUUUUUCUGUGCAUUUGAAAGCUACAAUGAUGAAAGUUUCCGACCCGAAAAUUUUCGGCGCUGUCGUUCUUGCUUACUUUAAGCCGCUCUUUGCCAAGCACGCGGCUUUGUUUGACCAACUUGGCGUGGAUAUAACUAAUGGGUUUGACGAUGUCAUUCAAAAGGCACAAGCAUUGCCACUAGAGCAACGAGCAGAGAUCGAACGAGACAUCGAGGCGUGCUAUGCCCGUGGCCCCCCCCUGGCUGUUGUACGAGAGAACAGGACUAACUUGCAUGUGCCCAGCGAUGUCAUCGUGGACGCCUCCAUGCCCGCUGUCAUCCGUGAUUCUGGAAAAAUGUGGAAUAGUAGCGGCCAAUUACAGGACACCGUGUGCGUCAUACCGGAUCGUUGUUAUGCACUCCAAUACCAGAGUUGCAUCGACUUCAUGAAGAAUAAUGGCAGGAUGGAUGCUGGCACGAUGGGCCACACGUCGAACAUCGGCCUCAUGGCUCAGAAGGCCGAGGAGUACGGGUCCCAUGACAAGACCUUCGAGGCGCCUUCUAGUGGUGAAUUUUGCGUGGUUGACUCAAAGGGCGCCGUUCUCCUCAGACACGCGGUUGAGCGGGGCGAUUUAUGGCGGAUGUGCCAAACUAAAGAACUUCCCAUUAGAGAUUGGGUCCAACUAGCUGUCACUCAAUCCAGAGCCACAAACACACCUGCCAUUUUUUGGCUCGAUGAGCAUAGAGCACACGAUCGCAACCUAAUUGGACUAGUCAAGCAGUACUUAAAGGAACACAAUAUCAAGGGAUUGGCCAUAUCUAUCAUGCCGCCCCACGCUGCUAUGGUGGAGACCCUCAAACGCGCUAAAGCAGGAAAAGAUACCAUUACGGUCACUGGAAAUGUUCUUCGCGAUUACAAUACGGAUUUAUUUCCUAUACUCGAGCUGGGAACCAGCGCUAAAAUGCUUUCUGUCGUUCCUUUGCUAGCGGGUGGAAAACUCUAUGAAACAGGCGCCGGUGGCUCUGCGCCAAAGCACGUGGAACAAUUUCUAAAGGAGGGUCACCUUCGCUGGGAUUCAUUGGGAGAAUACUUAGCGGUGGCGGCCUCUUUGCAAGACUUGGGCAAGAAGUUUGGUAGUAGCAAGGCAGCAGUUCUGGGGGGCGCACUAAACGAGGCCGUCUCACAACUGCUGGACAACCAAAAACUGCCCUCUCGGAAAGUCCAUGAGCUCGACAAUAGAGGGUCCACGUUUUACCUCACGUGGUACUGGGCCCGUUCUCUAGCUACGCGCAAUGCUUCCUUCAACACGCUUGCAAGUCAGCUGGAGGCCAAUGCAGAGCAGAUUUUAAAAGAGCUGAAUGACUGUCAAGGGCGGCCAGUGGACUUGGGAGGGUACUACUUCCCCCACCCUCGGAAUGUUGCAGAGGCAAUGAGGCCAAGCGAGUUGUUUAAUAGCAUUAUUGAUCAAUAAAG